GUCUGCCCCACUGGGCUCCGGGGGCAGUGUCUGGUGCCAUUGAUGCCCUUGUUCGAACUUUCCAGAAUGGAUAGUCCCCCCAAGCUGACUGGAGAGACCCUCAUCGUCCACCACAUCCCCCUGGUACACUGUCAGGUCCCAGACAGACAGUGCUGUGGUGGGGCAGGUGGAGGCGCUGGGAGCACAAGGCCUUUCUGCCCGUCCGAUCUGGGCACCACCCAGCCUGACCAGGACCUGGGCCAGGCGGACUCCCUGCUGUGCAACAGCCUCCGCUCGGCGCGGUCUGCUGGUAGCACCAAGAGUCGAGGUCGGGGUGCCCGAGGCCCUGGGGGUCCUAAGCGACACAAUCCCUUCUUGCUGCAGGAGGGCGUGAGUGAGCCAGGACUUGGGGACCUAUAUGAUGACAGCAUUAGUGAUGGUGCCACUCAGCAGUCCUUCCACCUUCAUGGAGCUGGCCAGCCCACCUUCCACCUGCCCUCUUUCCAGCUACCACCACCUGGCCCUGGAGGGGGCAGAGCGUGGGGGGCAACACGCAGCCGAGCUGGAAUCGUGGAGGGCCAAGAGCAGGAACCAGUCACUACUGCGGGCGGCCAGCACUGCAGUGUUGGCCGCUACUGCAGGCCAGACCUGGAAGCGGAGACCACCAUGGAGCUGGAUGAGUGGGGGGGGCCUGGGGGCAGUGGCAGUGCAGGUGGGGCCAGUGAAACCUCAGGCUUUUCCUUUGACCAGGAAUGGAAGCUCAGUUCUGAUGACUCCCCAAGGAACCCCGGGUGCCCAGGCUCAGGACCUCGGCCCUGUCGCUGCGGCAGUACGUCCAGCCAGUCUGAGGCGGCUGACCAGUCCAUGGGCUACGUGAGUGACUCCUCCUGCAACAGCUCCGACGGUGUGCUGGUCACCUUCAGCACCCUCUACAACAAAAUGCAUGGCAGCCCCCGUGCCAAUCUCAGCUCUGCCCCACAGUCCUGCAGCGACUCUUCCUUCUGUAGCCACUCAGACCCUGGCGCCUUCUAUCUGGACCUGCAGCCUUCUCCAGCUGAGUCUAAGAUGUCUUGUGAGUCCCACCACCCUGACGGUGGAGAAAGGGAAGGGGGCUAUGCUUGUCCCCACGCCUCAUCUCCUGAGCUCGAUGCCAACUGCAACUCCUACCGGCCACACUGUGAGCCCUGCCCGGCUGUGGCUGACCUCACAGCCUGCUUUCAGAGCCAGGCUCGUCUCGUUGUUGCCACACAGAAUUACUACAAACUUGUCACUUGUGACCUGUCCUCCCAGUCAUCCCCAAGCCCAGCCGGCUCUUCUGUCACCAGCUGCUCAGAAGAACACACAAAGAUAAGUCCCACACCAGGUCCUGGCCCAGACCCGGGCCCCAGCCAGCCCUCCGAGUACUACCUGUUUCAGAAGCCAGAAAGCCAGCCAGAGGCCCAAGAAGCAGUGGGAUCCUCAGCAGCAGCAGUGGCUGCCAUGGGCCCCCCUAUGAUGGAGGGACGUGUGUACACGAAUACAUCCCCCCCCAACCUCAGCACUGGACGUCAGCGUUCUCGCAGCUAUGACCGCAGCCUGGAGCGCAGCCCGCCUGUCCGCCUGAGCUCCCUGGAGCGUAUGCUGAGUUGCCCGGUGCGCCUGAGUGAGGGACCUGCAGCCCUGGCUGGGCCUGGCUCCCCACCCAAGCGUGUCACCUCCUUCGCUGAACUGGCCAAGGGCCGGAAGAAAGCUGCAGGCUCUGGGUCCCCCCCACUUCGGGCGAGCGUUGGGGACUCCUCCCAGGAGUUCUCACCCAUCCAAGAAGCCCAACCAGAUAGGGUGGGCCCACCGGAAGAGGGCGCUUGCUGUAGCCAUAGCCUGCCACCCAUGCCCUUGGGGCCAAGCAUGGACCUAGAUGGCCCAGAGCCCUGGUCCAUCCAGGCCUGCCAGGGUCCCCACUCCAGCGAGAUGCCACUUGCUGGCCUGAGAGCUGCUGGGCAUGGCCCUGUGACUCAGCUGAUGGAUCCAGGGCCCGCUCUUCCAGGGAGCACAGCCCACAGCCAUACCCAGCGGAAUGCCAGAGCUAGAGCUGACGGGGGUUGUGCUGAGAGCCGACCGGUCCUGCGCUACAGCAAGGAGCAGAGGCCCACCACGCUGCCCAUCCAGCCCUUCGUGCUCCAGCACCACUUCCCCAAGCAGCUGGCCAAGGCCCGGGCCCUCCACGGCCUUUCCCACCUCUACAGCCUCUCGGGCUGCGGCCGUGCACAGCAGCCUGCCCCACUGGCCGCCCCCGCUGCUCAAGGCCCGGCCCCAGCUCCCUCGGGCGAGCCCCUGGCAGCCUCUUCCCGGAGCAGUGACAGAGGUGGCAGGAAAGCUGGGCCCGAGCCGGAGACCUCGCGGCCGUCCCCACUGGGCAGCUACUCUCCCGUCCGGAGUGCCGGCCCCUUUGGGCCCAGCACUGACUCUUCCGCCUCCACUUCCUGCUCCCCUGCUGAGCAGGCCCCUGCCUCCGGAAGCCCACCUGUGUGGAGCCACUCUCCUCCCCCUGCUGCCCUCCCUGAUACCUGCCAGCAGCCCAAGGAGGACCAGAAGCUGCUGACCUUGGCUGAGUACCGGCUCCAUGGAACAGGAAGCCUGCCCCCUCUGGGCUCCUGGAGAACUGCCCUCAGCCGAGCUGAGAGCCUGGCCCGAGGCGGUGGUGAGGGUAGCAUGGCUUCCAGGCCCAAUAAUGCCAACCACCUGUCACCUCAAGCUCUCAAAUGGCGGGAAUACAGGAGGAAGAACCCACUGGGGCCACCUACUUUGGCAGGGAGCUUAGACCGAAGGCCUUCAGAAGCUCAGCUGGCCCGAAGAAGCUCCUUCUUUGAGUUCCCCAGUUCUCUCAGUGCUGCUGGCCCUCCGAGCUGCCGACCAAACGGUCAAGUAGUAAAGCCACUGCCACUGACCUGCCCCGACUUCCAAGACCCCUUUUCCUUGACUGAGAAGCCGCCAGCUGAGUUUUGUCUGUCCCCAGAUGGCAACUCAGAGGCCGUCUCCAUUGACCUGCUUCAGAAAAAAGGGCUGGUGAAAGCUGUAAACACGGCUGUGGACCUCAUUGUUGCCCAUUUUGGGACAAGCCGGGAUCCUGGAGUGAAGGCAAAGCUGGGGAACAGUUCUGUGAGCCCCAACGUAGGCCACCUGGUUCUGAAGUACCUGUGCCCUGCAGUCCGGGCAGUGCUGGAGGACGGGCUAAAGGCCUUUGUGCUGGACGUCAUCAUCGGACAGCGGAAAAACACACCGUGGAGUGUGGUCGAGGCCUCCACACAGCUAGGCCCGUCCACCAAGGUCCUACACGGCCUGUGCAACAAAGUCAGCCAGUUCCCGGAGCUCACCAGCAACGCCAUGCGUUUCAAUGCCUUCAUCCUUGGCCUGCUCAACAUCCGCUCCCUGGAGUUCUGGUUUACUCACCUCUACAACCAUGAAGACGUCAUCCAGACCCACUACCAGCCCUGGGGCUUCCUGCGUGCGGCCCGCACGCUGUGCGCCGGCCUCUGGGAGGAGCUGCUGCUACUGCUGCAGCCGCUGGCGCUGCUGCCCUUCGGCCUGGACCCGCUCUUCCAGCACCGGCUGCGGCAGAGCGGGCGGCGGCAGCGGCUGCACAAGGCGCUGCUGCGCGGGUCGCAGGACCUGCUGCUGUCCGCCCGCUCCACCUGGCAGCUGGCCCGGGGCCAGGAGGCCCGUGGGGAGCGCGUAAAGGGCGUGGGCGCCCCCGAAGGGAGAGAGGAGGAGGAGGCGGCGGCCGCAGAGGCAGCGGCAGAGGCGGCCGGGGGCACAGGGCCUGGCAGGUGGGCCCGAGGCGGCCAGGCUGGCUGGUGGUACCAGCUCAUGCAGAGCUCCCAGGUCUACAUCGAUGGCUCCGUGGAAGGGUCUCGGUUCCCUCGUGGUGGCGGCAACGGCAGCAGCAGCAGCGAGAAGAAGAAGGGGGCUGGGGGUGGGGGGGCCCCCCAGGCUCCACCCCCCCGAGAGGGGGUCGUGGAGGGAGCGGAGGCCUGCCCUGCCCCCGAGGAGGCCCUGGGCCGGGACAGGGGCUGGCCCUUCUGGAUGGGGAGCCCCCCUGAGUCUGUGAUGGCUGAGCUGAGGUGCAGUCGGGAGAGGGAGGGGCCCACGGCCCCCCCAGCAGAAAAUGAAGAGGGGCCCUCGGAGCCGUCACCCGGGGGCAUCAAGUGGGGACACCUCUUUGGCUCCCGCAAAGCUCCACGUGAGGUCCGACCCACGAACAGGCUGCCCUCAGACUGGCUGAGCCUGGACAAGUCCGUGUUCCAGCUGAUGGCCCAGACAGUGGGUGCCCACCGGGAGCCAGAGCCCAAGGAGAGCCUGCAGGAGCCACUGUCUCCUGCCCUGCCCUGCCAGCCUCCGUGCGAGGUGCAGGCACUCUGCCAUCACCUGGCCACUGGCCCUGGACAGCUGAGCUUCCACAAGGGAGAUGUGCUGCGUGUCCUGGGGCCAGCCGGAGGUGACUGGGUACGCUGCCGCCGUGGCCCUGACACUGGCCUGGUGCCUCUGGCCUGCGUGACCUUGACCCCAACUCCAAGCCCACCCCCUGGGAACAGCCAGAACUGA